CUCCUGGAUGCCACCAUGAGGCUGGUGUCCCUGCUGCUGUUCCUCAUCUUCACUCUGCUGCCUUUCACUGCUGGCCACAUCCUACCAGGACUAUUGGAGGGGAUAAGCAGGGAGCAGAAAGUGUGGGUCAGAGAGGGGAGUUCAGCCGUGCUGCCCUGCCACUUGGGCCCCAGAAAGACAAGGGAGAGCUCAAAGCAGCUGCCUGACAAGAUAUCCGUGCUGUGGAAGAGGCAUGGGGGAAGCGUGCACCAGGAGCCACACGUGGUGCUGGAGGUGGGCUACUCGGGCCUGCAGAAGACAGCCCAGCUCAUGAAGCCCCGGGUGUCGCUCCAGGACUCCGCCCUGCGCAAUGGCAACUUCUCCCUGCGCAUCGUGCCCGUGCGCGGCGAGGACGCGGGGCUCUACGAGGCACAGGUGAAACACGGGACAGAGGUGCACAGCUGCCUCGUGGAGCUGGGGGUGAUCACAGUGACCCUCAGUCCUCCCACUCCUGUGAUAGAAAGUGAGAUGCUCUCGAUGAGCUGCAACUCCAGCCACCGGGCCAGCCUUGUGGAGACGUGCUGGUUCCACAAGGAGCACCUGGGCCCCACCUCCAGGACCUUCUGCUCCUUGUCCGGGACUCUCUCCAUCCUCCAUCCAGCCAUGAGCGACGCGGGCUCCUGGCGCUGCCAGCUUCGCUACUCUGAUAAGGAGAUCAUUUCUGCCACCUUCAACCUGCAAAUUCUGGGUUUUGAUGGCCCAAGCAGCCCUGUGGUCUAUGCAGCAGCUGGCUCUGCAGCCGAUCUACCCUGCAGUCUGAGCUACCUUCCCAGAGCCCUUGGGAUGAGGGUGGUGGCAGCCCACUGGAGCCAUCUUGCAGGAGGACAUUUGGAAGACAGGGGCAUCUCCCAGAACCUGAGCAGCAGGAGCUUCCCCCUGCACGUCCCCGUGGUGGGGCCGGGCGAUGCAGGGCAGUACCGCUGCGCUGUCUCGGUGGGACACAGGACAAUCAGCAGGGACGUGACCUUGGCCGUGCUUACAGUGACUCCGAGCAUCCAAGGACCAGUUUCUGAGGGGACUCGUUUGCUGCUCAUCUGCAGCCUCACACACGCCCAGGGACACGAGCGUUUCCAGUGGACUCACCUUGACUCAGCCCCCACUAAGAGCAAGCUGGCUCUGGCUACUCCCCAUAGCUUGGAGAGCCACAGCUCCCGGGUGGGACCUACCUUGGAAAUACCCCAAGUGUCACAAAAGGACACGGGCAACUGGGAAUGCAGCGUGCAUGGCCCAGAAGGCAGACUGGGAGCAGUGGAGUAUGACCUGCAGAUCACAGGUGCCCAGGUCUCCAGCGCUCCCUCCAUCUUUAGUGGGCAGAUUACCUUUGGGCUCACACUCACCCUCUUCUUCCUGCUUGCCGUUUGUGUCGUGGCUCUGGCCCUACAAAAAAGGGCACAGGCUCCUGCCUUCCCAGCCCUGGAGGGGAUGUUUGCAGCCAGUGUGCCCUGGAAGCCCAUGGAGGAGAAGCAGAAAGGGAAGAAGCAGCAAACGGAGUGCUGAUGGAAGCAGGGCAUGCGUGGCAGGGUGAAACUCUG